AUGUCCAAGCCCUCGCGUCGGGAUGAUAGAAUCUACGGCGUCGGGAUGGAUCGGAACACUCCGCUGCAUGGAACUCCCGAGUCGGCCUCUUCUUACCGUAGACCGCGGCUUCAUGGUGCUAUAGUGCACAGGCCAAACGGUCGGAGCCCCUUCACUGGCGUUCCUCUGCAAAGGAUCGCAGUGUCCGCGAUGAUUGUCAGGUCCGUCCAGAAAAAUCUCGUUUUCCCGGAUGAUACCGAGGUAAUCCAGCUGCUGUUCCAGUUCCCUAACGUGGUCCUUCCGGAGGUGCACCUGGACACAAUUUCCACAUCCUUUCGCACGCCAUUGGACUGUCGCACAAUAAACGAGCUUGACCUUCGCAAUUGCUGCAUUCAAUACGAAGGGAUGCUGCGUCUUGAGGCGUUACUACACAAGUGCCAAGUCUUGAGGUUAGAAGGAAAUAACCUGGGAGAUUCUGGAAUAAAAAUACUUUCGAAGAUACUGACUGACUCCAAGUCAAAAACACAAACAGUCGGACUUGCAGAUAAUAAUCUUACACAUUGCUGUGUUGAAGCUCUGGUCUCGCUUACCACUGCAACCUCACCGCUGAAGGAGCUGGAGCUGGGUUAUAACAAACUAGGGGAUUGCGGAGUAAAACUAUUGUCUGCGGCUCUGGGGUGCCGUCAGUGCAAACUACACAAACUACGCCUGAAUAAGAAUGAUCUCACUUCUGCGUGUGCUGAGGACCUCGCCCGCGCACUCUGCACAAAUCGCUCACUGACGGAGGUUGACGGUCUGAAGAACAACGGGUUCACAUGUUCUCCAGCCGAAAAACUCGCUACCGUUCUUCGUAGAAACCGUUCGCUGAAGGAACUGGACCUCGAUCAUAAUAAGUUGGGAGAUCGGGGAAUGCAACUACUGACUAUGGCUCUGAGCGACUCAGACUGUCAAAUACAGGAACUGAUGCAUGUGCCUGCCCGCAUGAUAUUAGAAAUUCACAAGCUCGACACUGCCUCUUGUGCCAAGGAUCUCGCCGCCGCUCUCUGUGCAACCCCCUCGCUGACUAAACUGGAAUUAGGUGAGAACUACUUGGGGAACUCAGGAGUAAAAGUGUUGUCUACAGCGUUCAGGGAUCCCGAUUGUAAAAUACAGAAAUUGAGUCUGAACAACAACCAACUUACCGACUCCAGUGCACGAGAUAUUGCCUCCACUCUGAAUGCAAACAUUUCGCUGACGCAACUGGAUCUCGGUGAGAAUACGCUGGGAGAUUCUGGAGUAAAAAUGUUGUCUGUGGCUCUCAGAGAUUCGGACUGUAUAACAUCCAGGAGUUGUGGUGAUCUAAGUAGUAAUCGCCUCACAGCUUCUUGCGCUCAGGAUCUGGCGUCUGCUCUCAGCACCACACCUUCAUUGACCGAACUGUCACUGGGUGAUAAUAAACUGGGAGAUGCAGGGGUGCGACUGCUGUGUGAAGCACUGAAGGACACAGAAUGUAACAUACAGGAACUGCGAUUGAAUAAUAAUGGUCUCACUCAGUCCUGUGCCGAGGAUCUCGCAGCUGCCAUCAUCACAAACGACUCUCUGACGGGGUUGGACCUGAGUGAUAAUAAAUUCGGAGAUUCUGGAAUUAAAGCGUUGAAUGCAGCCCUGGUGAAUCCAGAAUGCAAAAUAGAGAAGCUAAGACUUGACCGCAUUGGGCUCACUGAUUCGGUCAACGAGGACUUCAUCAGCACUCUCAGUGCAGCUCGCGUAAUGAAGGAUGUCAGCCUGGAAACAAACGUCCUCAGCCCGAUCUAGGACAUCUUUCUG